GUUUCCGGCCGCUGUCGCUAGGCAACGGGACGCUGCAGUGCGACACCAGGGACGAGUUAACGGGAAGAAACGGACGGAACCGACGGAACCGACGCGUAAAAAGCGUUUAUUGGACUAAAAGAUGUUAUUUUAUUAACCGCUCGGUUUGCCCUGUGAGCCUGCGGCCCGUCGGUAACGUUUUCCCGCGUCUGCUGAGCUUCAACAAACACAAACAUCUGUGCAACAGCAGCUAGCUCAUGUGCUAGCCGGAUAAUGCUAAUGCUGCCUUCGCGGUCCGUCGGACAUAAUAAAGAUUCUGGGUGCAGUUGAGUUUGAAGCCUCGUGUUUGACCUUGGAGAUAAUAAGUAAUCAGAUUACAACGUCAGACUUCUGAGCUCUUGGUUAUAGCUCUUAUUUAUAAAGUCUCUUUAUAAAGUCUUACAUCAUUUAACACGUAGAUACUUUACUCUGAAAACUCAAAUAAAGGCGAGUGAGAACCUUUUUAAUCCAUCCGGACAUCGCCACAGAAAUUAUAAGUAAUCUGAAUACAACUGCUGCGUUCACGUACACCGACUAACUGCGUCACUGCUGGCCGUGACCGUUUUCCCCCUCUUGUGUUUAGGAGUUUACGAGGAGUACGUGAAGGCGGCAGCAGCUCCUGUCCCGCAAACUUGAGCUGGCGUUAGCAUUAGCAUCAGCUGCGGGGUAGCCGGCAGGUUGAAUCCCGCAGCAUCCGGACACAAUGACAUAAAACCCGGUACCGGCCCGGUUUCCGCUGCACGAGACGACGAGAGGAAGACCUCCGACAGCAGAUUGAAGAUGAGCCGCUUCUGCUCGGACAACAACAACUUCCCCUACGACAACAACGUCCUGGUCCUGGACAUGGUGCUGGGCUCUCUGUGGGGGGUCCCCCAGCCCAUAAACUGGGACAACGUAGCCAAGCUGGUCCCAGGAUUCACUUCCAAGGAGUGCGCCCGGCGGUUCGAGGAGCUGAAGAGCACGGGGGGUUUUCCUCCUGUGGACCACCAGUGCAACGCCCUGACGGAGGGCAGCAGCUCCCCCUCAGACGGCCUGUCCACGCUGCUGGACGCCGGCGAGGUGGCGGAGACGGGAGGCAGCCAGAGCGGCGGCAAAGUUACAGGCUCCAAAUCAACGCCGUCGGGAAGAGUCGGUGCUGUGGAGAAGAAAGAGAGAAGAGUCUCCGCAGAGGAGAACGACAAACCUCAGAAACAACGAGAUCCCAACAUGGUGAUCCACGUGUGCGACGAGACCAAGAACCUGAAGCAGGACUUCACGUGUCCCAGAGAUCUGCUGGUGAAAGAGAUGCGUUACUUCGCCGAGUACUUGUCCGUGGACGCCCAGCGGUGGGAGGAGGUGGACAUCUCCGUCCACUGCGACGUGCAGAUCUUCGACUGGCUCAUGAACUACGUGAGGAGGAACUCCGCGGGAGAGGGGAACAAGGACAAACCCCGACUCGAGCCCAGCAAUGUGAUCUCAAUCCUGAUCUCCUCCGAGUUCUUGAAGAUGGAUACGUUAGUGGAGGAGUGCGUCCAGUACUGCCACAAACACAUGAGCGCCAUCGUGGCCACGCCCUGCAACAUGAACUGCAUCAACAGCAACCUGGCGACGCGCAUCGCCGAACUCUUCAACCACAACGAGGCCGACGACAUCCGCGACAAAAAGGACAAGUUCAAAAGUAAAUUGUUUCAGAAGAAGAUUGAGCGUCUCUUCGAUCCCAACUACCAGAGCAGAGAUUCACCAGGAAACGCCUCCACUCUCUACAGGUGUGGUCUGUGCCUUAAGCUGCUGAUCAAAGACACAGAGAGGAAGAUCUCUUGUGUUCCCGGGAAAAUCAACAUCGACGCUCGCGGAGAAAUCAUCUAUACACACAUCAGACAGAAGAACUGGGAUGUGCAUGAAUAUCUCACCGGUCUGUAUGAGGAGCUCAAGUCCUGGGUCCUGGUCUACUGGAGAAUCUGGGGUACCAUCAACUUCCUCACCUGCUCCCGGUGCCAACAGGUGUUUGUGUGUGCAGAGCUGACCCAUUGCAGUUACCACCCAGACAGUGUGCUGUACCCUGGCAUGAGUACAGAGAAAGGCUGGCAUGGUGCAGGAAUCUACCCCUGCUGCAACCAGAGGGUUCUCCGCUUUGACCCCAGUGGUAUGCCCAAGGGCUGUAAGAUGCGAGACCACAUAGUGAACGUACCGGACGAAGAGAACUGUGACGAGGUGACCUUAGCCCAGACCAGAGUCCUCAACGACCUGCUGCUGCACAGAGACGCAGUGUGUCUGUCCAACACACCGCCUGCAGAGGGUAGCGAGGAGAGUCCAUCCAGUGCAGAGAAGGUUCAGGACUGUGACGUUCUCUUGGAGCCGAUGCUGCUCGGACCUCUGAGAGGAGACGGCAGCUCUUUUUCCCUUUUGAAAAACUGGAGUCUGCAACUGAGGCAGCAGUCUCUCCUCUCAGAGGACGAGGAGUACACCACGGGGUCGGAGGUCACUGAAGAUGAGGUUGGGGACGAAGAGGAGCUGUCCAAGAAGCAAGCUGCUAAGAAGGCCAAGAAGACCCACAGACCUCUGAAAAAACAAAUGUCCUCUCCAAACUUCCAACGCAAGGACAAACCAGAGAAAUCGCAGUCGAGGGACAACACACCGUUCACAGUGAGCGUCCAGAAGAGUAAGUGGGACAGUUCUCGCUCAAUGAGAUACAACCAGGACGCUCAGAGGGAGGAAGAUCAGCGGCGCAUGGUGGAGAUCAUCGGCCACCUCACUAAGAUGAGGUUCGGAGACCAAGAGCAGAGCAAGUCUAAGGAUACUAAAGAACCUACAGGAGGAAUCUACUCCAGACUGGAAGCCCAGUUUAAGGGUAACUCUCAACCCAGACAGAGUUCAGAGAAGACACCCAGGACUAAAAUACGCUACGCUCAAAUCAGGACAACAUAAAGGACCCGAUGAGGAGAAGGCCUCCGAGCAGCGUGAAGACAGAUGAGGAUGAAGAGGAUCCUUCUUACUGGCAGUGACCCCCCCCCCUUCCCUUCUAGCACGGCCACCACUCGUAACCCAGCUGUGGACCCCGUCCCCCUCAGUCCCCGUCCCCCUCCCUCUUUGCUUAACUCAGGUGACUACGUAUGGAUCACCGCCACCCGCUCCCUCCGUCGCUCAGCUAGCUUUGUGUUUGUGCAGCUGCGGUCAGACCGCCAAAAAACCAAGGAGACGUCCAGCUCCGCUCUUAGGAAACGCACUUGAACUGAUCGACCUCUCGGUGUGUCUUUAGGUUAUUUUUGGAGCCAGACAGGUUGGGGGGGGGGAGGGGGUUCCUACGACAUGAUCUGACACACUAACGGGACUGAAACACUAGUUUAAUAAAGUCACGCUGAAGUUCUGCUAGAGAUAGAGUUCUAGUCGUUCCUGUUUGUACUGGAAUGUAACUGUGCUGUAAAACACUGGGACCAAUAAAACAUGAGUGACACUGAACUCUUCAUCACUUA